AUGACGUCCAGACGAGUGACCAGCAGCUGCAGCCGGCCUAGCUCGACAGCCUCCCGUAGAAUAAGAGACAGCAGCAGUAGUAUCGACUUGGGACUGUACUCGCCGAUAUUGGGACGGCACUUUAGAAUACCUAGCUUUUACAACGAGCUGCCUGUCAUCGAACUGGAUGAUACUUUGCCUUACGUUCCUGUCUAUUGCCAUUUCACCAUACCAGAUAUCGAGCCUGUAGUUAGGCCACCAACUCCUCCUAUACUAAAGGAACUGAGAGCAGAGUUGUAA